GACGUCGCUAGUGUUUUGUUACUAAGUUACUACGGUGACCGAGCAAUGAAAUUGUUGAAUGUUUUAUAUGCCCAUCGGUACAGAAACGUUUUAUAAUGUUCGUAUACAUAUUGAUGCUAAGCUGUUUGACAAAGUUAAGGUGAACUAUUUGAAACCAAGCUAAGCUGCAUAAUGUUGUGAGUGUUAUUUCUAAUUGUUUAUCCAUACAGUUUAAAUGACAAUUGUGAAUACCUCUUCUCGGUAGUAGUAGGCAGAGUAUCGAUUUUUCAACAAUGAUGUAUUGAAUAGAUGGACUUAUUUCAGUGUUGUUAUUUGUAAUAAGCAUAUGCAGCGAAAUGAAACCAGCAGACUAGCGUAUAUUAUCUUGAACAAUUUUGAUGAAUGUUGUGAAAAGUGUGUGAAUGUAUUUCAUCAACCGCGAAUUUUUUAAUCGACCACAUAAAUUGCUCGCUAAACAUUCAUUACUCAAUUCAACUUAAAGAGCAGCAAUCGAUCUCACCAAAAUACACAUCGGCAGGCUGCAUGGACAAAUGGUUUGGAGAAAAACGGUUAUGGUUGUUUGGUAACCAUUUGCCACUACUUCCAAGGAGUAAUGUUCCUUUCAGAUGGACUUCUGGCGAUUCAAGUGCAGGAAGUGCCUUGAAAGUGUUAACAGACAGGUCACGCGGCAGUAGCAGAAUGGAUCGCUACGAAAAACUUAGUCGACUUGGUGAGGGGUCCUACGGAAUAGUCUACAAAUGCCGUGACCGAGACACCGGCUUACUAGUAGCAGUCAAGCGAUUUGUAGAAUCUGAAGAUGAUCCUGCUAUACGAAAGAUUGCGUUACGAGAAAUUCGGCUAUUGAAAAACUUGAAACAUCCCAAUCUUGUAUGUUUAUUAGAGGUAUUCCGUAGAAAACGAAGACUCCAUCUAGUAUUCGAGUUUUGUGAACACACAGUAUUGCACGAACUUGAACGUCAUCCUGAGGGUUGUCCUGAUAAUCUCACUAAACAAAUCACUUUUCAAACUAUACUAGGAGUUGCAUAUUGUCAUAAACAAGGGUGCCUACAUCGUGAUAUAAAACCGGAAAACAUUUUGUUAACAGCACAAGGACAAGUUAAACUGUGCGAUUUUGGUUUCGCGAGGAUGUUAAGUCCUGGAGAAAACUAUACAGAUUAUGUAGCAACACGAUGGUAUCGAGCGCCCGAAUUACUUGUAGGAGACACGCAGUAUGGGACACCCGUUGACGUAUGGGCGAUUGGAUGUGUAUUUGCGGAGCUUGUUCGAGGGGAUGCGCUAUGGCCAGGAAGAAGUGAUGUCGAUCAAUUAUACUUGAUUCGCCGCACAUUGGGUGAUCUUCUACCUCGUCAUUUAUCAAUCUUUAACCAAAACGAGUUUUUUAAGGGUAUUACGCUACCAGUUCCGCCGACUCUUGAAUCUCUGGAAUCAAAAAUGCCUCCUCGAACUUUGUCAAAUCCGUCGAUGAUGGAUUUUUUGAAGAAAUGUCUAGAUAAAGAUCCUGCAAAACGAUGGUCAUGUGAACGGCUUGCAAUGCAUUCGUACUUCGAGGAUUACAUAACCAGACAAAAAGAAAUAGAACAAACUAUUUCACUCGAGACACAGAAACAGAGUAACCGAGAGUCAAAAUCAAAACUAUCCAACACGUCAUUGCCUCAGUUACCGGCUACUCAGGAGUCGAGAGUACCACAGAAAAAUCAAUAUCUUCGUUCCGAUCACCAUCUCCCAACGAUUUAAUCAUGCUCAUGAACAUAUUAUUUUUUUCACAAAAUAAA